AUGAUUGGGUUUCCAUGUGCAGUGAGAGGAAGUGAUGGCAGGUGGUUCCGCUCUGUGCUGCAGCAGGUUCUCCCAACUAAUGAAGUUGUGGAAGUACUGAACGUUGACUAUGGUACAAAACAGUUUGUUCAAGUGGAGAAUGUAAGACCACUCGCUGCAGAGUUCUUCAGGAUGCCAGUUGUCACUUACAACUGCUCCCUCCAUGGAAUCAUUGACAAAGGGGUGGGAUGGACAACCAGCCAGAUUGACUUCCUCCGGUCCCUCCUGCUUCAUAAGCGAAUGAUCGCUAAAUUUGAGUAUCAAAGCAUCUCUGAGGGGGUUUACUAUGUAUCACUUUAUGGUGAUGACAACACCAAUGUGAACAACCUCUUUGGUUCCAAGGAAAACUGUUUGCUGGACUGUGGGAAAGCAGUUAAUGAUUAUUAUGAUCAAAGCGCCAAGUACGGCUCCCAGUAUCCAUUCCAACAAGAGGGAAAGAUGCUAGCUAAAGAAAGGAGGCUAGAUCCUGAGAUUUUACCUGCCGAAGAACUCGAUCUAAACACCUCACACCUGGUGGUUGUUCAGUACGCAUCUAACCCAUCAGAAUUUUGGAUCCAAACUGAGAACUACAGACAAAAGUCGGCAGAGCUUAUGGAUAGUAUGUGUCGUCUUUACCAGGAUUCAGCAAAUAAAGAAGUGGUCAGAAAUCCAAGUCAUGGACUCUACUGUGCUGCCAAAGCAGAAGAUGGGGACUUCUACCGAGCAGCAGUGACCGAAAUCAGUGAGACUAAAGUCAAAGUGUUCUUUGUUGAUUAUGGAAACACAGAAAUGGUGGACAGGAGGGACCUUAGGCCCCUUCCUGUGGAGUUAAAAAAGCUGCCACAGCUGGCUCUGAAAUGCAGUCUUGCUGGUGUCAGGCCGAAAGAUGGUACAUGGAGUCAUAGUGCCUCAGUUUUUUUCACCAAAGCAGUCGCAGAUAAAGUACUAAAAGUGCUUGUGAAAGGAAGGCAUAUUGACAGCUAUGUUGUCCAGCUAACAGAUCCCAAAGCACAGGGUGAACCGGAUGUCAGUGCAUUGAUGUGCAGUUCCGGCUUUGCUGAAAGGACUGAAAGGCAGAGACCCACAAAAGGAAAAAGCCCCUUGCAAACUGCCAUUAUUUGUCCAACGCUAUGCACUGGUACAAGACUCCUGGAUGUGUCCAGCAACAGUAAAACCGCUCUCCAGUCUCCAGGCACAGUCAGUCUUAUGAGCGCAAAAGGAGCAGUUCCUACUUUUAAGGAGCAGAUGUUUCCGAUCGGAAGUGUCCUUGAUGUCGGCGUGUCCUACAUCGAAAGCCCAAAUGACUUCUGGUGCCAGCUGGUUCAAAAUGCAGGGCAGUUGAAAUCACUAAUGCAUGAAAUACAAGCUCGUUAUGCAGGCAGCGAGUUUCAGCCUAAUGUUGAAAUUGGUUGUGUAGCUCGACACCCUGAUAACGGUAUGUGGUACAGAGCCCUCGUGGUUCACAGACAUGAAACCACUGAUGUGGACGUCUUGUUUGUUGAUUACGGGCAGACGGCAACUGUCUCCAUCUAUGACCUGAGGAAAAUCCACCCAGAUUUCCUCACUCUGAAUGGCCAAGCUUUUCGAUGCAGUCUCCUAAACCCAACUGACCCCACAUCUGCUGUAAAUGAGUGGAGUGAUGAGGCAAAGACAAAAUUCCAAAACUUUGUGGAAACUUCGGUUUCUAAUUUUGUCGUUUUGAAGUGCACCAUAUACGCCGUUAUGUGCAGUGCGCAGAUGAUUGUUUACAACAUUGUGGAUCUGGAGACUCCCUUUGAGAGCAUCUGCACCAGUAUAAGCAACCUUGCUACUAGUAUGCCUCUCAAGAAAGCCACUGGCCCAUCUUUCCGUCUUGACACAUACUACUAUUCAACGCACAAUAUCAAAACUGGGACAGAGGAGCAUGUCACAGUAACGUAUGUGAACAAUGUCAGUCAAUUCUAUUGCCAUCUUGAGAAGAACACUGACGUGAUGAGAGAGCUGAGAAUGAAAGUGAAUAAUCUCUGCCAACAGCUAGAGAAAAUAAAGCUUCCAUCAGUCUUUGGAACUUUGUGCUUUGCAAGAUACACUGAUGGGGAGUGGUACAGAGCACAGAUCAAGACCACAAAGCCAUCAAUACUGGUUCAUUUUGUGGAUUAUGGGGACACAAUUGAGGUGCAGAAAUCCGACUUGCUCCCAGUUCCGAAAGAGGCAAAUGACAUCAUGUCUGUGCCCGUGCAAGCUGUGGUGUGUGGACUUUCUGACGUUCCGGCCAACGUUCCAGAACAAGUGAACAGCUGGUUUGAUACAACAGUGACAGAAUGCAAAUUCAGAGCUCUUAUAGUGGCCAGAGAGCCUGAUGGGAAAAUGCUGGUUGAGCUGUAUCACGGAAACACUCAGAUCAAUGCAAAGAUCAAGAAAAUGUUCCAGAUAGAGAUGCAAACAGGAGCACCGGUUGUUCAACAGAGUCGGAAAAUGUUUGAGGCCUCAGCCAGUUAUGCACAACAAACCUCUCUGAAACGUCCCACAGACAUUGAAAACCAUAAACAAGCUUCAAUGAACAAUAAUUAUUCUCCUCAGAAACAUCCACUUCAGAUGAAGCUUGACUGGAAACUUAUUGAUGUGACUCAGCAUUCUGCGCAGAAGCCUGUACACCAUUUUUGUGAAACUGGUCAGAAGACCAGGCCUGGUGCAUUACAGUUGUACAAACCUCCACAUCAAAGGCAGACAUGUGAAACAAUGCCAACCAACAGUUCUGACCUUGUUGUUUCUCAGCAGACACCAAUAAGAAAGAGCAAUCCCUUUGACACCAGGCAGCCAGAAUCCAAAUCGGCUUUCCAGAAGGAAAGCAAUGCUGAAAAACUCCCAAAAAUCUCAGACCUGCCCUCUAAACAGAUCACGCCUGCUAUGACGGCAGAGGUUUACAUCUCUCACUUUAACAGCCCAUUGAGUUUCUACGUGCAACACGUGACUGAAGAGGAUGAAAUGGUAUCCCUGGUUGAGAAGCUUAAUGAUCCAGAAUUUUCCACAAAAGUCUGUGGCCUUAACGAUGUCCAUCCAGGGGACCUCGUUCAAGCAGAAUUUGAUGAGGAUUCCUCGUGGUACCGAGCAGUUGUGAAGGAAAUCGAUGGCAAUUCAAUGGCUUACAUAGAGUUUAUUGAUUUUGGAAAUACAGCAGCAGUGCCCAUUUCUAAACUUGGGAGACUUCACAAGUCCUUCUUGCAGUUCCCCGUUUACAGCACGCACUGCACGCUGAGUGAUGCUGUUGUUCUCGGAGAAGAAAGAGCCGUAGAUCCUGAGGUAAUUUCGGCUUUUAGGGAAGACAUUGGUUUGAGCGGAGAAAAGGUGCUGACAUGUCACUUCAUCCAGAAGGUGGGAUCUGAGUGGGAGGUCAGACUUGAAGACAGCGGUGUGGCGGUGGUGUGCAAAGUACCUGCUGGAGGUCAGGAGAGUAUCGAUGAGAAACGCAUGGCGGAGGAAGGCAUCAGGGAAGUGUCAGAAAACUCGGAGAAGUCGCCAAUGAAUUCUUGUUCCCUUGUUCCCCCCACCCCCCAACAAGAGAUUUUAGUGGGCCAGCAGUUGGAGGUCUACAUCACAGCCGUAGAUGAUGCUCAGACCUUCUGGUGUCAAUCAGUGAACUCUGAGAAACUCGACCAGAUCUCUUUAAGUGUCGCAGAAGUUGGGGAUAAAUCGGUUUCCACAUAUAUUGACCCUGACACUCUGUUCCCUGGAACCCUGUGCAUUGCUCUUUUUAAUGAUGAUCAGCUUUGGUACCGUGCAGAAGUCAUUGACAAAGUUGGAGAUGAGCUGUCUGUUCUGUUUGUGGACUACGGGAACAAGUCUCCAGUUAAGAUUGCAGAUGUUAGAGAAAUGCCUCCACCCUUAAGGGACAUUCCGCCACAGGCCUUUUUGUGUGGGUUGGAAGGCUUCGAUGAGCCCUGUGGUUUGUGGGAGAGCGGUGCUGCAGAUGAACUUUCCUUUCUCACGGCGGACAAGUUGAUACAGCUAACUGUCACAAAAGCAACAAUGUCUGAAGGAAAGGUGAAAUAUUUUGUGGAAAUGGAGAAUGAAGGCCAGAUGAUCAAUGAAGUCAUGAAAAACUGGUGGAAGUGCUCCAGGGCCGAGAACACUUCAGACUCAGGUAGACUGACAAACUCGAUGGAAACACAGCAGGUUGACUCAGUCAUUUCAGUGUUCGAAGAUCAGCUGGAGGAUCCUGACAUCCAAGAUGUAGAUAGUUCUGCUAUUGUUAUUGACCCCCACAGCAACGCAAGGGAGGAUGAGCAGGAUGACCCGCACACAGCAGAUGAAGACUCAAACCUAGCUUGCAGUCCCAAGAGAUCUGAAUGUUCUGAGGGUGACAAAGCCGGAGACCCGUCCAGCAAUGAUGAAGAGAGCCUUCCAGCAGAUCUCUGCGCGGUCAUGGGAGAGCCUGGGAGUGAACACAACACCGAUGUUGAGGAAAAUAUGGCAUAGAUUUCAGGGGGAGGGGAAGAUGUUUCCGAAAACAACCAGCAGCCUCUCAUUUUUGCCCUCUCCGAGGAAAAUGUGAUGACUGAAGAAAUGGCAUCAGCUCUUGACAAAGAGGAACUCUCUGACUUGCAAAGAGAUGCUGAACCAGCAUCAGAGGGCUGUGAGCAGCAGGCAGACACUGCUCAACACAAGGAGGAGCCCAAGGAAAAGGAGCUGGACAGCAGCAUCCUCUCCGGGGAGACUCUGUCCCCCUUUGAGGAAAGUUUUGAGGCCCAGCUGUCAAAAAUCACCCACCUCUCUCUGGUCACCAGCGAUGUGCCUCCUGAGGUUCUGCCCUCCGAGGUUCUGCCCUCUGAGCAGCAGUCAGAGGAGUGA